UAAUCGCAGUUUAUAUCAUUACCGCAAACGGCUCCAGGUUUUCUCCCUCUUUCGGCAGCUUAACGCGGUACUGAACCAGAAACCCUAGCUCUCGAGUUCUGCAGCUGCUACUGAUCGUGACUGUGUCCUCACUUGAGAAAAGGCUCGCGAGUUCUGCAAUCGGUUCCAGCAAUCUCUUAUUCGAUGACAAGCGCUUGGACAAAUAUGAGCAUUGCAAUCAUACAUAGGGAUAUAGAGAGGGAUGGGGAGAUUCAAUGUGGAGUUAUGGGUGUUAGUUUUUAUAAUUGGAGAUUCUUGCUCACUCUCAGAAGAUCUAUACAUACAUCUGCUAAUAUUCUGGAGAGGAUGAGGAGAUCAAAUUUUAUUUCAAUAUAUUUUUUGCUUUGGAGCAUCUUGGAGCAAAUGAGCAAUGGAGCUUGUGGAGCACGGCUCACCUCGAGGAUUGCUCUCUUGUGAGAAACUUGCACAAGCAAUCUUCUUGUUUCAAAUAUGAGUGGCCGCUUUUCUCGCACUAUUUAUGUUGGCAACCUGCCUUCAGAUAUAAGAGAGGGGGAAAUUGAAGAUCUGUUCUAUAAGUAUGGCCGUAUAGUGGAUGUUGAACUGAAGAUACCACCUCGUCCUCCAUGCUAUUGCUUUGUUGAGUUUGAGAAUUCUCGAGAUGCAGAAGAUGCAAUCAGGGGCCGAGAUGGGUAUAACUUUGAUGGUUGCCGUUUGAGGGUUGAGCUUGCCCAUGGUGGUAGAGGACCAUCUUCUAGUGAGCGUCGAGGUGGCUAUGGUGGUGGUGGUGGUGGUGGUGGUGGUGGUGGUGGUGGCGGUGGCAGUGGUGGUGGGACAGGGCGGUUUGGUGCCUCUCGGCAUUCUGAGUUUCGAGUUAUUGUGCGGGGACUUCCUUCUUCUGCUUCAUGGCAAGAUUUGAAGGAUCAUAUGCGCAAAGCUGGUGAUGUAUGUUUUGCCGAGGUUUCUCGUGAUGGUGAUGGGACUUUCGGUCUUGUUGAUUAUACUAAUUAUGAUGACAUGAAAUAUGCUAUUCGGAAACUUGAUGAUACUGAAUUUAGAAAUCCAUGGGCAAGAGGUUAUAUCAGGGUCAGGAAGUUUGAAGCCAGCCCUUCCAGGAGCGCAAGUAGAAGCCGCAGCAGGAGUAGAAGUCCAAAAAGGAACCACAGUAAAUCUUUGGACAGGUCAUCAGUAUCAAGAUCUAGGUCUAGGUCUCCUUCCCCUGUCAAAUCUUCCAGGCCAAGAUCAAGAACAAAAUCAAGAUCAAGAUCAAUGUCAAAGUCGAGGUCAAGGUCAGGAUCCCCCCGUCCGGUGCGGUCUGGCAGUGGUUGAUCCUUUAUCGAGCAAGAAAAAGCAGCAACCUCUUCUUGGCAGAGUCGGCGCUAGUAGAGAAGAAUUAUUAAAUAUAUAUGAGUGGUCUCUUUUGUUAUAAAUUUCUUCAGGUGAAAACCUUAUUGAGUAUGAGUUUGUAUGAUUUACACCAACACAUAGGGUUGGCCGUUGGUGAUAUUGGGUUUGACCAUUUAUCUAUGUUGGUGUAUUUUUUUUUUUUUUUAGCUUUAGCCAUAGAACGAUCAUAUUAGCGGAGUAUGAUGGAGAUUUGUGAAACUUUUUUUCCGGGAUUUUGAAGGAUUUCAACCAUUUGCUUUUUAUUGGAUUAAAA